AGCGCAACUUGAGUUAUUUUUAUUGUUUAUGUUUUGUUUACUUCGCUUUCGUCUUGAUUAUGCAAUUUCUAGGUUAAUGUAAAAUCUUAAUAUUGCUGGAUUUGAAUCAUCAUUAUCAUUGGUCUAUAAAUCUGUUCAAAGAUUUGUGUUUGUGUGAGUCUAGUUAAAAUCGUAAAUAAAUGGCUGGAAACACCACAACAAUCCCGGCUGACCCUCUGCAUUCUCCUCAGGCCACUGCACCUACACCUUUGGUUCUUACCCCAGAAGAUAAGAAAAUAAUAGGUGAAUGUAAUCGUGAUGCAUUUUUUCAAAGAUGUAUACCAUUUGCAACAACCCUUGGAGGGCUGACAUAUAUGGCGGUGAAAGCAGGGUACAUGAGAGGAAGUGUUUCAUGGGGACCGACGCCUAAAGUUAUUGUUGCCGUAUUUGCUGGGUAUUUCGCCGGUAAGAUCUCCUACCAACAGACUUGUGCUGAGAGACUGAUGGCCAGCCCCACCAGUCAGCUGGGGGCCAUGUUACGGGCUCGCAGACAACAGGGCAGAGGAGGAUUCCAGGACACGUUGACCCUGGACAUGCCAGGCUAUCCAAUGCCUGCUCUAACAGAAGAUAAGCCCAGAGACGCUUAUCAAGACGAUCUGUCUACUAGAACAUUCACGGACCUGGACACUGAUCGACCAUACACCCAGUCAGAAGAUGCAUACAGAUACAGCUUUGAUUCUAACCCACAGAGCCCUGAAGACUUUGUGCUGCCUCCACAGUCUGCCCAGUCCAACUCUUAUGAUGAACUGAGGAGGAGGAAUAGAGAAGAGUUUGAGAAGAAACAGAAGACGUUGUACUCGUCAAGGCCAUUGGAUGACAUCCCCCGACCGUCGCCUAUCGCAGAAUUACACGACCCGUUCCGCCCUACAAACGCUUACGGAGACGUCUUCGACAAAUAACAUCCUUUAGGCCAGUAGAAGACUUAGAAAAUGUACAUAUAUUUAUUCAGCCAUUGUAAUCUUGUCCAAUAAAUUAUGCUACAAAGUU